GAAUUUCAUGAUGAUGUACAUGGAGAACAUGCGAGGUUAUUUGGGCACAAUAAGUACCUCAUAUGCCGAGAGGCAAAGCAAUCUGUGGUACAUGUCAUGUCGGCUUCUUUUGGCGGUAGACGAGAUAGGAAGCUGGUAUUAAUGAGGUACGUAGAUGAGGCUACGUUGGUCAAGCCAGCAAGCAGUACGUAGUGGUAUCGUGAUCAAGUUAGGCAUCAUUUUACAACCAACAACCAAUAUCUUACGACAUAGAAUCUCAAUCCCACUGCAGUAUUGAAAUUGCAAUCAAUGUCCCGGCCUUUGCUGAGCAUUCAGCCGAGGAUACGAUACGAUACCGCCCCCUCCGCCUUCAGUCAGUUCCACCUCUGUCUGGACUCUGAGGCCAUCAAGAACCACUUACACAAGCCACAGCUUCAACGGCCCCCAACCAACAAACCCUCCCCCAAAGUUGAUGCCGGGAUUCCCUUCCCUCGAGUUCCUUCUCAUCCGCCUAUUUCGCAAUCCCGCCAACCAAUACUCUGCCAAGCCUCUUGUCACAGGCUUCACGCUACCCUCGUGGGGCUUUUCCGAGCGCUUGUUCCCAGCAUAGCAUCCACCAUAUUCGUUCAUGUCUGCUGGAGGAUGAGAGGAUCCUUCCGAGAUACGAGAUCGGCGCCUAUGAGAUUGUGUCAGACAUGAUCCAUAUUGUUGCCGCAGACGAAUGGCCCCCCCAUUGGUGUGAGGAACAUGGUAUGGUAUUCGUGUUGGCAUGAGUUGCAGGGCCUUGGGCCUUUUGGAAAAGAGACGUGACACAUGGGGCUUGACAGAGUCUGGCUCCAACAUGAGAAGGGUAUGUCGCAGGAAGAUCACGCCGCACACUAGACAUAGUCGCAUCCAUGAAACUACUCAAGCCCCUUGUCAAAAGCGCUCCAAACGGUCUUGUCUCAGCCUGUAACAACCACUCGAGGAGCUUCAGGUUGGUCUGGUCACUCAAUGCAAACAGGAUUUGCUCCGAAAGUCAUCUUAUCUUGUCUUCAAGUCCAACAAAGCGUCGGACGUCAAUUAUAUUUCAACAGACUUGGUGUGGACCAGAUGCCUAAUCAUGUUGGUGUCUGCCUGGCUCAAGAACGCUCAGCUCACUCUAGAUCAAAUCUCAGAGGGUAGGACGCCAGAACUCCUUCCUUUAUGUGCGUAGUAAGAUGUAUCAUACAAUGGGGAAUAAUAUAGAAAACAGUACAAGUUCCUCUAUCCGGGAACAAACAAGCGACAAGGCAACCAACUGACUGCUUGUCAUCAUAUGCUAUGUAUGUAACGCCAUACCCCCCA